AUGAAGAACUACAUAACUUGCCUGCUCAUUUUGGCACUUAUUUAGCUUUCCUAUUAAUAUUGCCACUAUUCUUCUGAUCCUUAUAAUUAUGAAGAUGAUAUUUGUAAUUGCUUACCUGGAUUUUACACUUAGAACAGAAAUUGUUUUUUGUGCCCUUAUUAAAGUUUUACUGAUUAUUUUGCAAUAGCUAAAUAGGCCUCUGAUUGCUCAAUUUGCCCUUAUGGUCCUUAUUAUUUGACAGUUGCUGCAACAUCAGUUGAUAGUGCUACAUGCUCAAAAUGUCCUAACAAUUCAAUUAAUUUUGGUGAAUUACCAAUAGGUGUUUAAGAUGAAAGUGUUUGUCAGGAUUGUAUAGCAGGUUAUUAUAAGAUUAAAGAUGCUAUUUCUCCUUCAAAUGAUAAUGGUAAUAAAGGUAAGGCAGCAUAAUGCUAAAAAUGCCCUAACAAUACUUCAACUAUUAUUUCUGAUUCUGAUCCAAUGCCUUAACCUUUGUUACCUGGUACUGAUACUCUUAGUAGUACAUAUUGUGGUACCUGUGCUGAGGGAUUCUAUGCUACUUCUUAAGUUUCUCCUAAUUAAAAUGCUAAUUGUUAAAUUUGCCCUAAUAACACUAGUGCUAUUAAUGGUAUGGAUAUUUCAAUGAAGAGUAGAAUGCGUAUUCUAUAAAGAGGUUUUGUGUUUCCAUAACUAACUUAUACAUCAAAAGAUUGUAUUCUUUGUUUAACAGGAUUUUAUAAUGCUGAAACUGAUAGAAAAAAACCUGUUAAUUGCUAAAAAUGUCCAGGAAAUACUACAACUAAUCAAGUAUCUACAAAUGGUAUUUUUUCUUGUACUUGUAGUUUAAACUAAUAUAUAACUGCACUUCCGACUCCUACUUCUGCUGCUACUUGUGUUCCUUGCCCUACUGGCUCAGGAAAGCUUUAUAACUUGAAUGUAGUAGGAGAUGAAUCUACAUGCGAUGUUUGUUUAGAAGGAUAUUAUUUAAUCACACCAUAUUAAGAUCCAGUUGGAGAUAGUCCUGGUGUUGGAGCAUAAUGCUAAAUAUGCCCUAAAAACUCCUAUUCUACACCUGGAACUUCUAACUCUCCUUCAUCUUGCUCCUUGUGUAAACCAAAUUAUUAUAUGACAAAAGCUGCUGAUUCAACUAAUUCCGCAGAAUGUUAAUCUUGUCCAAAUAAUACUGGAACUUUAGCUCCAGUAAGUUAAGUUGGAGAUGCAACUUAAUGUACUGUAUGUGUAGCUGGUUAUUACAUGACUUAACCAUAUUAAGAUGGAGUAACAGCUUAAUGUUAGUAAUGUCCUGCUGGAUCAAACACAAAUCCAGGCAUAAACACAGUUUGUUAUUGUUAUGACUAAUAUGCAUCUUGGUCAGCUACUUAAAACUCUUGUUAAUGCAAUCCCGGUAGUGUUGGUUCACCAGCUACUUCCUUAAAUACUUAAGGAUGUACUCCAUGUCCUCCAGGAUAAUAUUUCUCUGCUGGGGUUUGUGUUGAUUGUCCUGCAGGUACUUAUUCAAGUUCUCCUGGUAGUACUUCUUGUACAAAGUGUACCUCUGGAUACUUUGCUACAGGAAAAGGAAAUACAUCUUGCUAAACUUGUCCUAAUUUAACAGUCUCUUUGGAUGAUUUUACAGGUUGCAAAUGUGUAGAUACAAGUGCUGUUUUUGUAAAUGGUAACUGUGUUUGCCCAGAUGGAUAUGAGGGUACUCCUUCUAGCUCAUCAGGUACUUAAGGGUGUAAUGCAUGUAUAGCAGGUUAGUUCUCUAAUUCUUCUACUUCUGGAAAAUGUACUGCCUGUCCUACUGGAAAAUACUCAUAAGGCACUGGUAAUACUAAUUGCAAAUAAUGUGAUAUAAAUACAUUUGCAUCUAAUACUGGAAGUUCUAGUUGCGAUUAAUGCGGAUCUGGAUCUACUAAUAAUGCUGAUUUUUCAGGUUGUUCAUGCAUAGAUUCUAAUGCCACCUAAACAGACAGCAAAAGUAGCUGCACAUGUAACUCAGGAUUUGUUGGCUCACCAAAGGCUUCAUAAAGCUCUUAAAGCGGAUGUACAGCUUGUGUAGCUGGUUAAGAAGUAAAUAUAGACACUGGGUUAUGCUCUCCUUGUGCUGCUGGGCGUUAUUCUAGUAAUUCAGCAAAUCAAAGUUGUACAUAAUGUUCAGCAGGACAAUAUGCAAGUGGAACAGGAAACAGCUCAUGCUCUAGCUGUCCUAGCGGUUUUUCAUCUUUAGAUGAUUUUUCUGGCUGUAAAUGCAAUGAUACGAAUGCUAUAUUUGCUAAUAAUAAAUGCAUCUGUAAAUAAGGAUAUGGAGGAACACCUAAUUCAGCUAAAAAUGGCUCAACUGGAUGUACAAUUUGCCCAUCUGGUUAAUAUUCUGAUAUUUCGACAUAAGGAUAAUGCAUAGCAUGUCCUGCUGGUACAUAUUCAUCAAAUACUGGUAAUUCUUCCUGUACCCAAUGUAGUGAAGGUUAAUAUGCAUCAGGGACUGGAAAUAGUUCUUGCUAAAGUUGUGGAUCUACUCUGACGAAUACUGAUGAUUUUUCAGGUUGUAAAUGUAUAGAUCUGAAUGCAAACAAACCAGUAAGUAAUCCUAGCUGCGUUUGUAAUUCAGGUUAUGUUGGUUCUCCAGCAACAUCAAAGAACUCUUAAUUAAGCUGUACUGCUUGUCCUGCUGGGUAAUUUGCAGACUCUGGAAAAUGUUCUCCAUGUGGAGUAGGAACAUUUUCAAGUGGAACUGCAAAUUCAGCAUGCACUAAAUGUUUAGCAGGAUAGUUUGCAAAUGGUACAGGAAAUACAAAAUGUCAAACUUGUGCUCCUGGUUCAACUAGUACAGACGAUUUUUCAGGUUGUAAGUGUUAUGACUAAAAUUCGGUAUCUUGGAAUGCAAGUAAUAACAUAUGCUAAUGCAAUACUAAUUACUAUGGAGAUGCAAGUAAAGCCACAGAAACACAAAAAUCUCAAUGUAAUCCUUGCCCAAACAGUUAAACAUCAAAAGCUGGCGAUGCUAAAACUGAAAAAGAUUGUUAAGUCCCUUAGAGUUAAUAAAACACCUAAUUUUCAUUCUCAUAAAUCCUCAAUGUAUCGAUACUUAUUUUUUUGAUUAUUUUAUGA